AUGGCGCCUGUCGUAUCGUGUGACCGCAAAGUGUGGAUGGAGAUAGUUGAUCGACAGUUGUUUCCCAUCAUGUCAUAUGGGUGUCAUUUGUGGGAUUUGGAGAGAACAGAUGUGAAGAGGGUGAUCAAUAUGGCUCUGAGAAAAGGUGUGAGAAGAGGAUUGGGUAUGAAGAGGGAUGAAUCAAUUUGUGACCGGUUUGGAGAUACAUUUCAAGAAUCAGUAGAAAGAAUGAAGAAUUUGAAAUUAAAAUCAUUUAUCUACCCGUGGCUGAUUCGGGGCAACUCACCAAUAACAUGCAUAACAUUCUCCUUUGCUAUUGUGAUUAAUGUGGUUACUGGGUAUCGUCAUGGCAGAUAUCUCACCGCAUUUGCUACCUACUCUGAAGAAUGGCUCUACCACCCAUGCUUCAUCAGUGGAAUUGUUCUGUUCUUCAUUGGAAUGGCAGUCAACAUUCAUGCCGACCGUUUGUUGAGAAUUCUCAGAAAUCCGGGGGAAACAGGAUACAAGAUACCAAAAGGUGGCCUAUUUGAGUAUAUCUCUGCUGCCAAUUUCUUUGCUGAAAUCAUUGAAUGGCUUGGCUAUGGUCUGACCAGUUGGUCUCUAGUUGGAUUGAUCUUGCCAUUACUAACAAUGUGCAACCUAUUGCUAAGAGCAGUUCAUUAUCACAGAUAUUAUCGUGAUAAAUUCGAAGACUAUCCGAAAGACAGGAAGACUGUCAUUCCGUUCGUCUUGUAA